AUGCCGCAGCCGGGGAGCACCGUUCCGCCGGAGGAGGCGGUGCGCACGCACGGCCUCCUCACCGAGGUCCUCCAGGACCCGUCGGACCAAAAGCUCGCCGAGGCGUGGCGCGCCACGCCAUAUAGUUGUUGGUUGGGAACUUGUUUACUUGGCGUGACUUUCCAAGAGUGCAGCAGUGAGCGCUUUGCUGAAUCAUACUCUGAUUGGUUUGAGAAGAUUCUGAGGAACUUGCAGAAAGGACCACCUAGCUUGCAACUUGUUACUUUGGUCUCUUGUACUUCCAUGUCUGAUCUAUUUGCGAGAUUGGCGAAAUAUUUGAACUUAAAGAAAGAGGCAUCAUCCUUUGCUGGAAGAGUUGUUGAACCAUUGCUGCUGCUUUUAAAUGAAAAUGGUCCAGUGGCGGAUGAAGCGAUUGAUUUGCUAAGGACAGUUAUUAAAUUGUAUCCCUCAUCUGUAAAUCGACACUACAAUAAAGUUGAACCACCAUUGCAGCAAAGAUUAUGAGUACAGAAGUCAAUGUAAAAUUAUCAAAGAAAUUUGCGAGAGUCUUAGCAAUGCUACCUUCUGUCCGAGUAUCUGAGGGCACUUGGUCAUUGAUGAUUCAGAAAGUACUGAUUGGUAUAAACAAUCUUCUGAACGAUGCCUUUGUUGGGCUGGAAGAAG